CAGCGACCGUGGACCUGCAAAAACAAUCGAGCAGAGAGAUGGGGAGACGAGGCCACUCUGCUCUGCUUUCAAUAUUGUUAUCAUUAGUAUUAUUCUCUGUGUUCGUACCUGAAUCGAUCGUCCAUGCAGUAUCGAUUCCGGCGAAGUUCGAUGGAUUCGUGUACAACUACACCGGAACCGGCAUAGAUUCGAUUAUUAUUGAGGCAUUCUUCGACCCGGUUUGCCCCGACAGCAGGGACGCCUGGCCGCCUCUGAAGCGCGCUAUCGCUUACUAUGCUCCUCGCGUUUCGCUCAUCGUUCACCCUUUUGCUUUGCCCUACCAUGACAAUGCUUUUGCCACUUCUCGAGCUCUGCACAUCGUCAAUAAGCUGAACAGUUCUGCUACAUACCAUUUGUUGGAGAUGCUCUUCAAGCAUCAGGAAAUAUUUUACAACCAAAAAACCGUAAACAUGUCUAGGGCCGCAAUUGUGGAUUGCAUUGUGAAGUUUGUGUCAAAAGCUGUUGGGGAGUCCCUUUUUUCUGCAAUCAAAUCUGGGUUCAGUGACCGGCAAACUGAUCUCACAACAAGGGUUUCCUUCAAGUAUGGCUGUUCGAGAGGGGUCCUGGGCACACCUUACUUCUUUGUUAAUGGAUUUCCAUUGCCAGAUCCUGGCUCUGCUAUCAACUACAGCAAAUGGAGAAGCAUUCUUGAUCCAUUGGUCAGUGAUAGCGUCAAGAGGGAAACUCUGCAUUUCUUUCUAUGAAAGAUUUAAGGCAUUCCUGAUCGAUUUCCAAUAAACCGUAAGGCUACUUUGGAUAACUAUGUAGUUUGAUAAUGUGCUGGGGAUUUCUGCAUAAGCAAAGCUUGAAUUACAAUGUGGUUUGAUAUAUGAUGCAAAGGAAUGAAUGGUAAAAAUCCACGAUGUCUAGUUGUAA